AUGUAUUCAUCAAUCCCAGUUUUUGAAAAACCUCAUCCUCGACUGACUGUACUAGACUGGACUAGAAACAUUCAAAGACUACAAAACGAAGCAAGAUUGCGUCGUUUUGAGUCCUACGAAUUAAGACAAAGAGCAAACCAACUUCGUAACGAGACAUCGGUAACAACUCGAUGGGAUAAUUACAUUAACAAUGAGUUAAUGAGAGACAGAAUAUUUGAAGUUGAUUCUUGGCGGGAAAAACAAAGAUUUACCAGGGAACAAGUGAGAGAUGAAAUAAGAGCUCUAAGAGAAGAGAAGAACGCUACUGAGUUACACCUUGAAUCUUUGCAGUUACCAUUUAUGGUAGUAUCCCAAUGUUUGUCGAAUAGAGAUCAGAGGGUCCCACCAGAACUGACACGUGAUCAGCUAGGAGAAGAAUUAAGAAAAGUACAUACAUAA